CAGGAUUAUCUGAUUAACGUAUUUGGGCUGUCUGCCAAGGAAGCUCAGCAAGCGCUCAAGAGCGCGUAGAAGAGAUGUCGUGGAGCACUAUGAACACUUGAAGAACGAAUAACGGCUGAAGCGCGCAUGAAAAGCAUUGCAUUGCAGGCGAAUUGGGGCUGAUUUUUGCGCGGUUUGGCGACGCGCGAGGCGUAACAAUGGUGUUGAUCUCGACCCCAAUCGAGGCAGGUGCCGCCGGUUUUGGUGUGACGUCAACGACGUCAACACGACGCGUUCCCAUAAAUGUAUGUCAAUGACCACCACACGUUGCAUUCCCCACGCAAUUACAAUCUUCAAUCCCUCCUUCCUUCCUCUACCUCACCGCUUCAUGUCCGUAUCUGCAAUUGCUCUACGUCGCGCACCACUGCUUUCAUCUUCCACUGCACUUCCCCGCGCACGCCUACUAGCUGCGCACCUCACACGACCACAGUUCUUCAAGUUCUGCACCACAUCAAGGAGAAUGGAUAAGGACCAGAGCCGCGGCGAGUCGACCACCGGCAUCUCCGAAUGGAAGCAGCGACCUCCCUACCGCGUGCACGACAAGAACGUCGACAACUUCGACGUCAAAUAUACAGCCAACUGCCACUGCGGCAAGGUCGAGUAUCAGCUGAGCCGCCGCGAGCCUCUUGACAGCAAGCUCUGCCACUGCACAACCUGCCAGACACAGCACGCCGCGCCCUUCCAGUGGGCAGCCAUCUUCCACAAGGAGGACAUCAACUUCACCAAUGGCCACCACAACCUUGAAUGGUACGAUCCCUCCGAGAAAUCCAUCGAGCACAAGCUGCCCUGCAAAGUGCGCUGCUCGUUCUGCCACAGCCCCAUCAUGGACGAGGGCCGCAACAUGAUCCUGCUCUUCCCCUCGCUCAUCCACCUCAAGACCGACGAGGACAAGGCGUACUUCAAGCCCCGCUGCCACAUGUUUUACGGCCAGCGCGUUAUGGACAUUCCUGACGGGUUGCCCAAGUGGAGCGGUAUCAACAACGAGUCGGAUCUCAUCGAGGAUAGCCCGCCGGAGAAGGUCAGGGAGCUAGAGAGGAAGCGCGAGCAGGAGAGGGAGCAGAAAAUGAAGGAGAAUCCUGAUGAGGCGACGAAGGAGGGCACUGGGGCUAUUAAGCAGGGUGGGAAGAGCGGUCAGGGCGCGAACACCACGAAGUAAGGCUGUGGAUGAGCUGAGUGAAGGAUAAACGCGUGUGGGAAUGGGAGUAGCGUGGAGUUCCCGAACGUCAUUGAUGUACAAUAGCGAAGUGUUCUAGAUGCACUGCCAACGAAUUCAUGGACCGAAGACGAGUCUACUUUAUGAAGCUACGAAAAAUGUUUUGAGAUACUACCAAACACUAUCCCCAAACAUGUCACAUCUUUGGUAGGGCGUUUCCAGACACAUCGCUUUAUCGAGACGGAGGCGGAAGACCCUUGAA